UUUGCUUUCUCUCUCUUCUACUGUUUUGUCUCCCACCGCGGUAGGACAGCUUUGUCAGUGAGAGACGCCCAAAAGCCAAAAGCCAAAACGCGAAUCCGAGCGGUCAAUAACCUUCAUCAAUCUGAUAAAAUCGACGCUUCCUUAAGUCGUUUUCUCAUCUGGGUCGGGGCGAAAUCUCGCUGCAACUAGGCUAUGAGGAAGAGGGAGAGGGAGAACCCAUGUGGGGUUUGUGGGCACUAUCACAAAUACGAAGAGGGCGAGGUCUGUGGGGUCUGCGGCCAUCGAAUGCCGGCGGUAGCUGAGAGAACUUCGAUCCAAGUUAGUGCUUUUCCGUCUGAGAUCUUGCCGGAGUUUCUCUAUUUGGGCAGCUACGAUAACGCUUCUCGCUCUGAACUUCUCAAGACUCAGGGAAUCUCUCGUGUUCUAAAUACGGUUCCUGCUUGUCAAAAUCUCUAUAAGAAUUCGUUCACUUAUCACUACCUCCAAGAUGACAAAAUUUUGCAAUUUGAGGAUGCAAAUCAAUUUUUAGAGCAAUGUGAAAGGGACAAAGCUCGCGUUUUAGUGCACUGCAUGUCUGGGAAAAAUAGGUCUCCAGCUAUUGUAAUAGCUUAUUUGAUGAAAUCGAGGGGAUGGAGACUUGCACCGAGUUACCAGUGGGUGAAAGAACGGAGACCUGCUGUUGAGUUAAGUGAAGCAAAUUACCGUCAACUGCAGGAGUACGAGGAAAAGAUCUUUGGAUCAACUGACAGUAGCAACCCAACCUUGCCAGCCUUCCCACCGGCAGCUCCACCUUCGUUUAGCUUUGGCUUCCCAAGAGCCAAUGAUCCAGUUCCCCUACCUGCAUUUAACAAUGUUGGCGCUACCUCCAUUUUUGCCCGGCCUCCCUUAGACAUUCCUCCUCAAGACUUUACAUUCGGAGCCAGCCAGCCUCAAAAUGUCAUCUCAGGAAGCGCUUUCAGUGCAAACCUGCAGAAUUCAAACCCCAGUGAUAUUCCAAUGGAUAGUUCUUGAGUUUCCUGUUUUCUUAAACCCCUUUUGCGGAUCAAAGUGUUGGUGCAUAGUAUCCCGACUCGGAUGAGUUUUAUUAAUAUCUGGAUGUAAAGUGGGAGUGGCUGCUCAUACUUUUUUAGCUUAUAAGAUUUCACAGGGUGAUAAAAGAUGGUUUCCUUUUUCUGUCUCUAGUUUCAGUUCUGUAAGUUAUAUUUGUCCAUGAACGCGUGAUCCAAUACAAAAGUUUUCUUACGGUA